AUGCACAACGUAUGCGUGAAAUUCGUAGAACCGAUCGGGACGAAGGCGCCGGCGUUUACGAGCGAAUUAAGGGGCGGUUGGCUGAGGAAGAGAGCGAAGUCCAGCGCCGUCCUGUCGUGCCCGGCUCAGGGGCACCCUGUGCCCAAACCGGUCGGAAGCAAAGCGCCGGCGUUGACGGGCGACUUGAAGGGUGGCUGGAAGGAGAAGGCUCACGACUCGACAGUCGUUUUGUUCUGCCCGGCGCAGGGUUAUCCCGUGCCCAAUCCCAUCGGUAGCAAAGCACCGGCGUUGAUCGGUGAAAUGAAACGCGGUUGGAAAGAGACCGGCGCCCCGUUCAGCGUGGUGUUGACGUGCCCCGCGCAGGGAUAUCCUGUACCCAAUUAUAGGUAA